UUUUCUAAAUUUAUCACCACCCAAGUUGCACAAGGACCAGACAUUGUUUUGUAGACAGACACAUACACACAUUCUGUGUAGCGUAUUCAUACAUGUUUUGAAGGUGGGCAUGGGAACGAUGAGUGGUCUUGGUCUGAAUUUACAACCCCUCAAUCAUCAUUUGAAACACCCACCUUGUUGUUUUAAUAAAUCAAACACAUAUAAACCACUUUCUUCUUCUCUCCUUAAUUUCACCUCAAGCUUUCCUAAAUUGGGGUCUUCAAGUAAAAGGGGUGAUUUUUUCAAGAAAGUUGUUUGCUACGCUGUUGAAGAUGCCACUGAAACUACAUCACAGCUAGAGGUGCCUGAUGGUACAAGCAACGGUGCAGUACAGAAUACUGAUUCAGAGAAUGGAAGUGCCCUGUAUAAUUUUCUUUAUCCCAGUAAAGAACUCCUUCCAGAAGAUAAAGAAAUGACCAUAUAUGAUCACUUAGAGGAGCUGCGGGAGAGAAUUUUUGUAUCAGUUUUGGCUGUUGGAGCUGCUAUAUUGGGUUGCUUUGCCUAUUCCAAAGACCUUAUUAUGAUUCUAGAAGCUCCUGUCAGAUCAGAGGGUGUUAGAUUUCUUCAACUAGCUCCUGGAGAGUUUUUCUUCACAACUUUAAAGGUAUCAGGAUAUUGUGGUCUUCUUUUAGGGAGCCCUGUGAUUCUUUAUGAGAUCAUAGCUUUUAUUUUGCCCGGUUUGACAAGGUCUGAGAGAAGAUUCCUAGGACCAAUUGUUUUAGGAUCAUCAGUACUUUUUUACACAGGAGUUGUCUUCUCAUACCUGGUUCUCACGCCAGCAGCUUUGAACUUCUUUAUUAACUAUGCAGAAGGGGUUGUGGAAUCACUGUGGUCUAUUGAUCAGUAUUUCGAAUUUGUGCUAGUCCUCAUGUUCAGCACAGGUUUAUCAUUCCAGGUUCCAGUAAUACAACUCCUUCUGGGACAAGUUGGCCUAGUGUCUGGAGAUCAAAUGCUAUCAAUAUGGAGAUACGUUGUUGUGGGCGCUGUAGUUGCAGCUGCUAUAGUCACACCAUCGACGGAUCCUCUUACGCAAAUACUCCUUGCUGGACCACUCGUGGGCCUUUACUUUGGCGGUGCAUGGACAGUAAAGCUUAUAGGAAGGUGAUAAUUAUAUAGAUUAUACACAGCCACAAAUUAGAGAGGCUCUGUUUUGGGAUCCAGUUGUUUAUAUAACUGAAAAUUUGCAUAUCAUCUGUAAAUGAUAUUUCUUUUACCAUUAUACCAUUGUGCUAUUAAAUUAAUUACGUCA